CGGCCAAUCAGCACUGGCUUGUAAGCUCCGCGAACCAGCUCAGGACAUCUCGCUCCUAAUAUCUUCUGGUGACAUCAAACGUGCCAUGUGCCUCGGCCGUACUCAAUGCCAAGCCGACUCAACGGCUUCACCGCUAGUCUAGAAUCGCCACCCCGCGUCCCUAACAGAAGGCAGGGCACCAGGCCUUCUAACCCCAACACCUUCAAAGUCUUGGCCUCUUUUCCUCGAUAUGGAGACGAUAAGCAAGAAUGGGCGUACAGCCAUUGUCUUUCGCGUAGGGCACGGCUUGGUUGGCAAAAUGCCGCGGGAUAUGCAAGAAGGAUUGCCAGGUCGCGAAGAGUUCGGCGCUGAGAUCGAUAAUGCAUUCGUCGUGGAGAGGAAGCUCUUAAGCAGACUGGGAAUUCAUCCCAGGAUUGUUCCAUACUAUGGGCCCUGUACGCUCGAGGGCAUAAAGGACGGCUUGCUGCUUGGCGAAGCGAACUGCGGGGAUCUUCAGUCGUACAUCGACAAACAUAAUGCCAAAAUCGACGACGCUUUGCGUAAGAAGUGGAGUUUGCAGGUCGCUCAAGCCGUCGCAUACACCCACGAGACAGGCGUCAUCCACUCGAAUCUGGGCACAACGAAUGUGCUUGUCCAUCAGACCGGCCAGAAUCUAGACCUCCUUCUUGCUAAUUUUGGCGGCUCUAGAUGCGUCGAGCUGAAUCUAGAUGGCGGCCUGCUCCCUGAUAAUCCCUUUAGCGAUCCGUGCUUAACAGAUUACGAAUCGCCGAAAGUCGACGUUUUCAGUCUGGGAGUCGUCAUCUACGUUAUUAUGACCGGUCAUUACCCUUUCUACAACGGCCCAGCACCGCAGAAUGCAGAGAGAUUUGUAUAUGGCGAACGUGUGCGCAUGCUGUUUGAACAAGGGCAUUUUCCGAAUCUGUCUGAUGUGCCGUUUGGAGGCAUCAUCGCAGGAUGCUGCUGCGCGCGGCGAUUCGAGACUGCAAAGGAGGUCGUUGCAGCCCUCGAGGCAGAAAUGGGACAGUAGGUUUAUGAGCGGUGGUGGAAGGCAGCGUCACCAGGGUGCAAUAACUCAUGUCCGAUAGGACACUACUAGAUUAGCUAAUCUACAGUCUCU